AUGUAGAAACACACCUUAAUGGAGUCGACUCCUCAUAUUGAGAUUAAGCAUACCACUUAAGCUACAAAUAAGGGAGUCUAUGUCUUGUAUUACCCAUCAAUAAAUGAAUCUGCAGACCCAAUCGUCAAGGCGCUACAAUUUUAUUUUAAAUCAAAGGAGUUGAUCAAGGACAUUAAUUCUGGGAAGUCAGCUAAGAUUUAUGCUUUAAAUGAUGAUGAUCCCUUUGAAUAUGUGAUUAUUUAGAAUGCAACGAGUCCUCGAUUGGAUGGGGCAAAUUUGGCUCGCAAAGCAUCUAAUAAGAUAGCUACUCAAAAAGUGGAAGAAAACUCAAUAAGUGUACUCUUACCUCAUAAUUACACAAUUCAUGAUAUAGCUGAGUUCUCCUUUGGAUUUCAAUUGGCUAAUUAUAGAUGGACAUAUUAAUCUAUCAAGGAGGGAAGUAAAUCCUCUUCAUUUCCAAUCCAUUAUUUAAAUUUGAUUACAUCAAUCAGUUAAGAAGAUUAUUUAAAUCAAGUGGAAUAGAAAUGGAAUCUAAAAUAUUUGCAUCAUUUAGUGAAACCCAUCCUGAGAUUGCGAGAACUUGUACCCACUAGACCUAACAUUGCCAAUACUGAAUUUAUGAAGAAUUACAUUUUAGACAUUGUAAAAGAGUAUGGUGAUAAAAUCACUUCAACUCUGAUUGAAGGAGAUGAUCUUUUGGGUGCCGGUUUAAGACUCAUACAUGCAGUUGGAAGAGGUUCAAUACAUAAGCCAUUUUACUCUUGUUUGUCUUAUAAAGGAAAUGCAGAUAGUGAUAAGUAUUAUGCUUUAGUAGGAAAAGGAGUUGUUUUUGAUUGUGGUGGUUUGAGUAUUAAGAAUACAUCUAGUAUGGAAUAAAUGUAUGACGAUAAAGGUGGUGCUUGUACAGUAUUGGAGACAUUCAGGGCUGUCGUCUAAUUGGGACUGCCAAUUAAUGUUGUGUGUUCUACUGCUUGGGUUGAAAACUCAAUCGGACCAGAUUCUUAUCGAGUUUCCGAUGUGAUUUAAUCUUAUAAGGGAUUGACUGUUGAAAUUUUAAAUACCGAUGCUGAGGGCAGAUUAAUAUUAGCAGAUGCUAUGUCUUAUGCAUAAGAUAAGUUUGCUAUUUACGAGAUGAUUGAACUUUCAACACUCACUGGCAUCAUUAAAAAUGCCUUGGGUAGAUAUUGUGGAGUGUUUACAAAUAGAAAGGGAUGUUAUUCAUUGUUAUAGAAAGUUGAAAAAAUAACAAAAGAAUCUUUUUGGCCUUUACCACUGGAAGACCAACAUAGAGAGCUGAUCAAAGGAAGUGUUGCUGAUAUCAAUAAUUCAAGUUCUGGUAGAGUAGGAGCAUCUGCUGCAGCAGCAUUUUUAGAAUGUUUUGUUGAAAAGAAGGUGAGAUGGAUGCAUUGGGAUAUCGCUAAUGUGGCUGUUACUGAUAAGAAUGAUGGGAUUUACACAAAAGGAGGAACUGGAUUUGGAGUUAUGUCAUUGAUCUAUUAUAUGACUUGGGAUGUUGUAAGUAAGGAGUUGAAGGAGUAAAAGUAGGAAAAUGAAGAUGAUGACAAUUGAAAUAUUAAAUAUCAAUAUAAUAAUCAUUAUAAUCUAAGA